UGAUGACCCUCGGAGGGAGCACGAUGGGCCGCCGGUUGCGAAGGACUCCUGUUGGGGACCGCGCUGGCCGGCCGCACCCAGGUUGGCCACUGGGGGCGCCCGCGGCCGGCUGGCCGGCGCUCUGGCCCGCUCGGACGCUCUAUGGCCGCCGCGCCUCCUAGCCGCGCGCCCGCACUGAGCGGAGGCGGGACGGCGGUUCUCCGCUACCCGGACCGACACCCCGGAACUAGGGCGCGAGUGCGGGCGCCGCUCCACCCAGCCCAGGCCAAAAGCUAUGCCGCCGUGUGACCCCUGAUGCCAUCCUGACCGGACCAACCCGCGCCCCCUCCCCUCCCCCCCGCCCCCCCGCUUCCUCCCGCGGCCUGGCCCGCGGGCCUCGGCCCUGGUCCUGGGCUCGCGCUCCGGCCAUGCGUGGGAAGCUGCUGCCGCUGGCCGGCCUCUACCUGGUGCAGGGCCUGCCCUACGGGCUGCAGUCCGGCCUGCUGCCCGUGCUGCUGCGGGCCCGCGGCCUCUCCCUGACACACGUGGGGCUAGCCAAGGUGCUGUACGCGCCCUGGUUGUUCAAGCUCGUGUGGGCCCCACUGGUGGACACGCGGGGCUCCCCGAGGGCCUGGCUGACGCUCAGCACGGCAGCUCUGGGCCUGGUGUGUGGGCUGCUGGCAGCGCUGCCUCCUGCUGAAGCUGGCCAGGCCGGGCUGCCCGUCACCGUGGCAGGGCUGCUUCUGUUGCUGAACCUGGGUGCGGCUGUGCAGGAUGUGGCCCUGGACACGCUAGCCGUGCAGCUCCUGGAGCCGGCUGAACUGGGGCCUGGCAACACCGUGCAGGUGGUCGCUUACAAGCUGGGGGCGGUACUGGCCGGGGGCGGGCUGCUGGCCUUUGUGCCCACCCUCUCUUGGUCUCUGCUCUUUCUGCUCCUGACUGCCACCUAUUGGCUGGCCGCUGCCCUGGCCUGGGGUGCCCGGGCCCUGCAGCCACUGCCUCCGCCUCAGGCCUCAGAACCUCCCCCACACACCCUGCACCUUCUGCAGGACUUGCUGGCUGUGCCUGGGACCUUGUGGACAGCGGGCUUUGUGCUCACAUACAAGCUGGGUGAGCAGGGCGCUGGCAGUCUGUUUCCACUCCUUUUGCUGGACCGUGGUGUCUCCACCCCGGAGCUGGGGCUGUGGAACAGUGUAGGUGCUGUGGCCUGCUCCAUUGCUGGCUCAUCCCUGGGCGGGGCGCUGCUGGCCAGGCACCGGCAGCCACUGCCCCUGCUCAAGUCAGUGCUUCGGUUCCGUCUUGGAGGCCUGGCCUGCCAGACCGUCCUGCUCUUCCACCUGGACACCCCAGGGGCUAGGCUGGGUCCUAGCACAGUCCUGAGAGGGGCAGCCUUGCUGAGCCUGUGUCUGCAGCACUUCCUGGGGGGCCUGGUCACAACUGCCACCUUCACCCUGAUGAUGAGCUGCAGCCAGCUGGCACCUGGUGCCCUGCAGGCCACACACUACAGCCUCCUAGCCACUCUGGAGCUGCUGGGGAAGCUGUUGCUGGGCACGAUGGCCGGAGCCCUGGCUGAUGGCCUGGGGCUGCAUCUCUGCUUCUCCCUCCUUCUUGCUCUCUCGGCCAUGCCCAUUGUGUACCUGGGUCUGGCGCCCAGCACCGUGGCCUGAGCGGGGCUGCUGGACUGGUCAAUAAAGCUGUGUGUGCCCGGGG